GAAAACGAGGCCAGCAGUAGCCCAAAACCACGAACAUCCCAAGUCCCCAAACAAGAAACCAGAGAGAGAGAGAGAGAGAGGAGGCAGCUGGAGCCGGCCGCUCCAGCCUCCAGCUGAGAGCCUCGAGAGGGAGGGAGAUCUUCGGAUGGCGAUGGGUGACGCGAAGCCGUCGGUGCUAAUCCCGAUGCCCAGCCGCGACCGCGACCGCGACCGGGACCGGGACCGGGACCUGCUCGUGCCGACCGCCGCCGUCGCCACCCAUGCGUCCCCGUCCGCCCGCGCCGUCGCCGACUCCGACGACGACGAGAGCAAGCCCUCCUCUGCCUCCGCCGCCGCCGCCGCCGCGCAGACCGGCCGCGAGGCGUUCCAUAAGGUUGUGCAUAGCUGGGCGUCCAAGAAGUUCAUGACCGGAUGUGUCAUCCUCUUCCCAAUUGCAGUUACAUUCUAUGUGACAUGGUGGUUCUUUCGUUUUGUGGAUGGCUUUUUCUCCCCAAUAUAUGCUCACUUGGGAAUCAAAAUAUUUGGGCUUGGUUUUGUAACAUCGAUAUCUUUCAUUUUCGUGGUUGGUGUAUUCAUGUCAUCUUGGCUGGGGGCAUCUAUCCUUGGUCUCGGAGAGUGGUUCAUAAAACGAAUGCCAUUUGUUCGCCAUAUUUAUGAUGCAUCUAAGCAAAUCAGUGCUGCCAUUUCACCUGAUCAAAACAAGCAUGCAUUCAAGGAAGUGGUCAUCAUUAGGCACCCAAGAAUUGGCGAAUAUGCAUUUGGAUUUAUCACUUCGGAAGUUCUACUUCAGGGUUAUUCUAGUGAAGAAAAGAUGUACUGUGUUUAUGUUCCAACCAACCAUCUCUAUAUUGGGGACAUAUUUCUGGUCAGCUCAAGUGACGUGAUUAGGCCGAACAUGUCUGUUCGCGAAGGCAUUGAAAUUGUUGUCUCUGUGGGCACGACGAUGCCUCAAGUAUUAUCGAUUCUGGAAACUGAGCCAAACCAGUUGAACAGGAUCAGAUCCACUCGAAGCUGAGAUGACUUUACAUUUUGUAAUUUCGUGUUCCAGAGUCCUUGUUUGUGUAAGUACAGGAGUAGGUUCUGACAGAUUGUACAGUUCUCCUGGGUGGAAAGCAAAAUCUGUUUGUGGACACAUGUCACCUGAACGCGAUUGCUUGUAUGGCAGUCUCAGCUUCUUCAGAAAUGUAACUUAGCAGUUGAAGUGGAGUUGACCUAUGUCAAGAAUUGUCAAGUUUUGCCGUGGAAGAAUUUUUUAACCCAUUGGUUCAUGCGUGUCCCAAGAGUCUUGUGAGGCCAGUUUGAGUGGGAGCGAUCCUCUCUCUUUUUUUUUUGCCUUUUUUUUUUGCCUCCUUUUGCAGUCUGGUUCAAACUUGAUCUGAAUCCCAAAAAGGUUGUACUAGUACGUGAUGGUCUAAAAGGCCUCCAGCAGUUUCCAUUCCUUCAAUUUUACUACAACUUAUAAUGGUACAAACGGAGUCAGUUGCAUGCAGCA